ACUAACAACAGACACAUUCAUUCUUAAACUGGGAUAUCAUUACAUUAUUUCAAGAUUAAAUCCGAUCACUUGGAUUAUUAUGGAUGUCUCCGUUUCCCACAAGGCUUAAGCGCAUUGGCAAAACAGAUCGGUUCAAUUACAAAUCCCGCUAAUUCCAGAUUGGUUUAACCGAGACUCAUUCGUUGACAGCCCUGGAUCGCUCCCCUCGCGCCCGUUCACAAUACGAGAAAUAGCCUACGACACAUCAAACAACCGCGUUGAAAAUAUUCUGUAGUGAUGCGAUUGAGAUCCAGUGAAUAGGCUCCGUAAAGAAAUGCUCAAAUACAAUCAACAAUGAGGAUUCCGUCUCAGUUCUGUCUCGUUUAGAACGUUUUUAUACUCCCUUUUUGGCCAUGAUUUUCCUGCCCAGCCUGCUGCAGCUGACAGUGCUCCUGGUCCAGGGCAGUUGGCGGGGGGUCGCGCCGAGCCCCACUGAUGAAGGCGCACUGCGGGCCAGCCACGGAGACCAUGGAGAGCCGGGCCACAAGGAGCCCCAUAAGGACUCAUACAGCACCUUCGCCUCGGAGUUCCUGGAGUCUAGACAUCUAUCGGAUGAUGGCUACCCCUUCCCCACCGCCCCUCCUGUGGAUCCUUUUGCCAGGAUCAAAGUCGUAGACUGUGGAGUCACCAAGGGCUGCAUAAGGUAUGGGAAGCCGGGGUGUGAUGCAGAGACGUGUGACUAUUUCAUGAGUUACCGGCGGAUCGGGACAGACGUGGAGUAUGAGAUGAGUGCUGACACUGACGGCUGGGUGGCUGUAGGCUUCUCCUCUGACAAGAAGAUGGGAGGAGAUGACGUGAUGGGCUGUGUCCAUGACGAUAAUGGGCGUGUUCGUAUCCAUCACUUUUACAACGUGGGCCAGUGGGCCAAGGAGAUCAAGAGGAAUCCUGCCAGAGAUGAAGAGGGCGCGUUUGACAACAACCGUGUGACCUGCCGCUUCAAACGGCCGCUCUACGUCCCCAGAGAGGAGACACUGGUGGACCUGCAUCUCUCUUGGUACUACCUGUUGGCCUGGGGACCUGCUAUACAAGGUUCCAUCACACGUCAUGACAACGAUGCUCCACCAGUCUCCGAUCACAUGAUCAGCAUCUAUAAGUAUGAGGACAUCUUCAUGCCGUCUACAGCCUACCAGACGUUCUCCUCUCCCUUCUGUCUGCUGCUCAUAGUAGCCCUCACCUUCUAUCUGCUGAUGGGCACGCCCUGAGAGAGAGGAGGAGAGAAGAGAGGAGACGAGACGAGAUGAGAGGAGAGGAGAGAAGAGGAGAGAAAA